AUGCGUGGUAUCCGAGUACAUGUUCCUCCAAACUUACGGUCCAAAGUUCUAACCGAAUUGCACUCAACCCAUUUCGGUACAAACCGACUAACGUCGCUCGCUCGAGGAUACGUUUGGUGGGAAAUAAUUGAUAAGGACAUCGAGGAAAUGGUACGCAACUGUAGUAACUGUCAAUCAACAAGAGCUGCACCCGCCAAGGCACCGACGCACUGCUGGGAGGCACCAACGAAACCGUUUGAACGUGUGCACGUGGAUUUCGCAGGGCCGUUUAAGAACACUUUCUUCAUUGUGUUGGUGGACGCCUACACCAAAUGGCCAGAGGUGCGCAUUAUGAACAACAUUACAACCACUUCCACGAUUCGAAUUUGCCGCGAGUAUUUCGCUACGUAUGGAAUUCCGUCUGUACUGGUGAGUGACCACGGGGUGCAGUUCACUUCUGAAGAGUUCCAGAGAUUUUUGAAAAUGAACGGUGUUUACCACAAAAUGGGGGCUCCGUAUCAUCCAGCAACGAAUGGACAAGCGGAGAGAUUUGUUCAGACGUUUAAAGCAAAGUUGAUUAGCCUACAGUGUGACGUGAGCUUGAAAUAUGCAGAGUUGUGCAACAUACUUCUUGCCUAUCGAAAAACCAUCCAUCCUGCAACGAAUAAGUCACCAUCCAUGAUGUUGUACAACAGGCAGAUACGUUCCCGAUUGGAUUUGUUGAUACCGAACAAUGCUGCUGCAAGCAAGGAAGUUGUUGCCAAGGUGCGUUACAUUCCUGUAGGGGCAAGAGUUGCGGCGUGA